AUGACGACGCACAUUCGCGCCGAGGGGGACGCCGCACAGCUCGCGCGGGCGUCGCACCGUGGCGCAGAGUGGCACCGGCGAUGGCCUCGCCGCCGCCCGCGAGGCUCCUCGCGGCUCCUCGCGGCUCCUCGCGGCCCUCGUGGCGGUGCAAGCAGCGGCCCUCCUGGCGCGCGCGCUGCUCGGCAAUGGCGGGCGGCCGCAGGGCCGAGCGAGCCGGAACAGCCGCAAUCGCAGCCGGGCGAGGAGGAGGACGUGGAGGAGUUCCUCCUGCCUGAGGAGGACGAGGAGAUCCCGGGGUCGUACAGGGACGCCAUGAACCCGAACAAGCCGCUAGGGCGCGCCGUGGCGAACGCUUGCGAGGAGCUGGACCACCUGGGUGAACUGGAGCGCGAUCAGCUGCAGCAGGCCGAUGCGCUGCUGAAGCAGCUGGGCGUGAAGAAGUCCAUUUUCGACGUGCCAGAGGCGGACGGCGACGCAGACGCCUCGUGA